AUGCAAACCUUGUCAUCAGAAGACAGUUCUGAUAGUUUUGAUUCAUUGGAGUCAGCAAAAAAGGAUGUUCGAUUUCAAUCCAAGUACCUGACUGAGGAACUGAGGAGAAUUUUCACUGAAGACACUGAUUCAGAAAGUGAAGUGUUUGAAGGCUUUGCUCCAAGUGACCUGGAUGUAAACAAUGCGAAUGGAAUGACGCCAGUGGAGUCAGAUUUGAGUGAUGGAGAGAACAAUAAUUUAUCUUUACUGGGUAGUGAGGAGGAGGAGGAAGAAGAGAAGGCUUCCCCCAAGAGAAGAAGCUUUGGCCUUCGUGUGGCAUUUCAGUUCCCCACAAGAAAGUCUGCCAAGAAGAAGGUGUCUGAACCAACUUUUUCCAAGCUACACUUGCAAGACAAUAAACCCCCUAAAACUCUCACAAGAGAGAAAAGCAGCAAGCGAUGGAAGAAACUAGAGGGGUCUGCCUCAGAGUCUGAGGAGGAUGUCAAAGAGACGCGUGAAGAAAGCUCCAGUGCUCUGCUUAAAAGAGCCAUAAACAUCAAAGAAAAUAAAGCCAUGCUUGCCCAGUUGUUAGCGGAACUGAAUUCUAUACCUGAACUGUUUCCAGUGAAAACAGCCACCUCAACUCCUUCUAAGAAAACCCCGAGGAGAACAUUUUCUGAAGGCCAGAUAGAGCGUCGUACAAACCCAACCAGAAAUGCUCGUCCACCAGAGAAAUUUGCCUUGGAAAACUUCACUGUGUCUGCGGCUAAAUUUGCAGAACACUUUCAUAAUUACAGACAACAAAAUCUCCUAAUAAAGAAGAGACUCAGUGGGGGUGACUGUGGAGUGCGCAAAAGAAGGAGGUCAUCUAAAUACUUAUCUUACCGUCCUGUUGAAGAUAUUACUGAUGAGGACUUGGAGAAUAUCGCAAUUACAGUUAAAGAUAAAAUCUAUGAUAAAGUCCUGGGUAGUACGUGCCACCAGUGUCGGCAGAAGACAAUUGAUACUAAGACAGUCUGUCGUAAUCAAGGGUGCGGGGGUGUGAGAGGACAGUUCUGUGGACCGUGUCUUCGUAAUCGAUAUGGUGAAGACGUGAAAUCGGCACUUCUGGAUCCAGAUUGGAUUUGCCCUCCUUGUCGUGGUGUCUGUAACUGCAGUUACUGUCGCAAGCGUGAUGGCCGCUGUGCCACAGGAAUGCUCAUCCACUUGGCAAAAUUUUAUGGUUAUGACAAUGUUAAAGAAUAUCUUGAAAGUUUACAAAAGCAACUGAGUGAAGACAAUUGAGGAUGCUGAGCACAGCUGCCUGACCUGCA